CGCGGAAGCCGAGAGCCUAGAAGGCACGCCGCCCAGGACGGAGCAAAGACCCUGGCGACCAUGUGCGCACGAGUGAGAGGCAGCCACUCUAAGUGGUGCGCAAGCGACACAGACUGCCCCAGCGACAAAAGCCUGCAGCGCCAAGCUCCGGGAGGUUGCCAAGUGUUUCGCCGACAGGCAGAAGGCCGAGGCGAUGCGAACGGCCACGGGCCCCCCCUUCCCGGGAGAAAGUUGGCGGGGGCGUGGGGCCCGUGUUGCAGCCAAGGCAUAGCGCGGCCCGGGAGCGCGGCCCGGGGGCCCGUCCGUCUUUCGUUGC